ACAUCUGAGACCUCUGGCUCUCGUCAGACUGCUGGCCACCCCCCAGAUGAAGAGGAGAGCCCGUUGAUGCAGCUUCACGCCGGUUCCUGCUCAAAGUGACGCACAGGUGCUCAUUACUCGCUUCGCUGGCCGUGUUUCCAGACGCUGCUGCAGCCAGUGCAGGUGUGCACACAGGCUUUCAUCGUGGACGACUGGCAGACGAUCUGAGAACAUUAAACUCCAGGGAUUAUUUCCCCACCAGCCUUGUCGAGUCGUGCGGGUGUCAGAGGCCAUGAGUAGCUGCUGGGGAGACAGUAUCCAAAACCCUUUGACGUGGAACACCUAAAUGGGGAAAGGACUUGGCGCCAUGCUGAAGGCUGAGCUGUAAUCGCUGCAAAGACGCCCUUCUCCCGUUCACAUCGCUCGCCGCUGACCCGCAGCCCUUCCUGUUUGAAAGCUGCUGCCCGCUGCCUCCUUCCCUCCGACUCCUUUCUCUCCGUCCUCUCCACUGAGGCGAUCUCAGUCAUCCGAACCAUGGCCAGCAGACUCGCCUCGUCCUCCCCGUGGCUCCCCCUCCUGCUCCCUGCGCUGCUGCUCCUCCACCUCCCCGGCCUGGUGGAGGGCGACUGCUGGCUGAUUGAGGGGGAUAAAGGCUACGUUUGGCUGGCUAUUUGCAGUCAGAACCAGCCUCCGUACGAGACCAUCCCCCAGCACAUCAACAGCACGGUCCAUGAUCUGAGGCUGAAUGAGAACAAACUCAAGGCUGUGCUCUUCACCUCCAUGUACCGCUUCACCAACCUCACUGACCUAAAUCUCACCAAGAACGAGAUCAGCUACAUCGAGGACGGGGCCUUUGCCGGACAGGCCAACCUCCAGGUUCUCCAGCUGGGCUACAACAAGAUGACCAACCUGACUGAGGGCAUGCUGCGAGGCCUGGGUCGAAUGCAGUGCCUCUUUCUGCAACACAACCUUAUUGAGGUCAUUGCCACCAACGCUUUUUGGGAGUGCCCGAGCCUCAGCAGCCUGGACUUGUCUUCCAACAAGUUGGCCCGUCUGGACCCGUCUACCUUCACUGUCCUCAACAGGCUGCUGGUGUGUGAGCUGGCAGGAAACCCGUUCCACUGUGGCUGUGACCUCUACAGCUUCCUCACCUGGCUGGAGGCGUUUAACAACGUCACGCACACCUACGACCGCCUCCAGUGCGAGACCCCUGUGGAAAUGAAUGGUUAUCCUCUUCUGAGCCCGGUGCCCGGACACGGAAGAAAUGCCCGUUACACCCUUUUAUCCAUGUGCCGGGAUGGUGUGAUAAUACCAGGAAUGACUUCCCAGACACCCGAUCAAGAUGGAUCAGGCCUGGGCUUCGACAACCCCGACCAGGGUUUGUACCACCAACCGACCAUAUCGUCCACCGCUGACCCUACUUACACCCAUCAGAUUUCCAUGAAGCUUCAAACCGUCUCCCUCUACACCGCUACCCUAAUGGUGCAGAUCCCGCGACCGUACAGUAAGAUGUACAUCCUGUCACAGUAUAACCACAGUUUUGGUGAAGACAUCAAGCCCCUUAAAAAAAAGAAGGAGGUACUAACUUUGGACAAAUUAAAACCGCACACAAAUUACACCUAUUGUGUGGCUUCCGUAAGCAAAUCCCAACACUACAAUCACACCUGUCUGUCCUUCACCACACGGGCCAUGGGACCAGAGGACCCCCGAGUCAAUCCAUCCACAACCACCCACUACAUCAUGACCAUCCUGGGAUGUCUGUUUGGCAUGGUCAUUGUGCUUGGACUGGUCUAUUACUGUCUCCGGCGGCGACGCAUCCAGGAAGAGAAGCAGAAGGCCAUUUGUGUGAAGAAAACUAUUUUGGAGAUGAGGUACGGCCCUGAGGCGGCUGCUGCUGUGGCUAAUGACCCUGGCGCCAUGCAGCGUCUCCAGGAUCAAGCUCAUCACCAGCACCACCAUUCGGGGGCAGCAGGAGGCAAGCUGCCCCCGUCUGCCUCCUCCAGCACAGGCAUGCUCCACGGUUCUGCCAACACCAGUUCCUCCCGCCUUUCGACGUUGCCACAGGUGGAAAAAAUGGCCAGCGCCUUCUCUGAGGCCAUGGCUGGCAAGGGCAACUACAUGGACGUGAGGACGGCGGGACUGGCAGGUGAAGGAAGGGAGGUUGGGCCUGGAGCUGUCGGAGCAGUGAUGGGAGGGGAAGUAGUUGUGGAUAGGCGAGGAGGUGCUGAGAAUGGGACAGAGGCGAGGGAGGAUUCAGAUGACGAUGGCCGUGGCUCAGCGUCGGAGAUCUCUACGAUCGCCAAGGAGGUGGACAAGGUGAACCAGAUCAUCAACAACUGCAUUGAUGCCCUCAAGCUGGACGCCUCUGCUAAUGUUGUAACGGCUGACAAUGGCAACCCUGCAUCCUCCUCCCAGCCACAAACUUGCAUUGCCUCCCUCCCUCGCAACCUCUUGCCCCUCUCUCCAGGUCACCUUGGAGAUCAGAUCAUGGCCUCCUCACCCAAGGUGCAUCCAAAGACUCAUCCCCAGCCUCACCCCCAGCCUCAGCCUCACCCCCAGCCUCAUCCUCAGCCACAUCCCCAGUCACAUCCUCAUCCUCAGCUACAUCAGCAACCUCACCCACCUUCAAUGGCGCCGGUGCCCCUUGUCAUGCCCCUCUCCGAGCGGCCGGGCAUCAGCGGUGGGGGGUUCCUCUCCCCUCCAUACCGUGACCCACCCCCGGCUAAUGCAGUGCGGCCCCUCCAGAGGCAGUUGAGCGCCGACACUUCAGUGGUGAAGAACCGUUGUGGUGCCCCGCCUGCGGGACCGCUCAAGAGCAACAGGGUGUACAGUGUCGAUAUCCCUGAGCAGCGCAGUGAUCCGCCCAAGUACCCUACUGAAAAAGGAAGUCCCGUGGGUUGUGGCGGCGGGGGUGGAAAUGGAGGAAAGGGCGGAGUAGGGGGCUGCAACGGUAAUGGGAUGGGAAAGAUAAAUGGCGGUGGAGUGAGUUUGAACGGGGGUGGAAUGGGGUGCAGUAACGGUAGUGGAGGUGCAGGUGCAGGUGUUGGCCCCGUACUGCAGCAGCAUCACUUGGAGGUUCAGCCGGACUACCACAGCUCCGAGCACCGGCACUCCUUUCCUGCGCUGUACUACGAGGGUGGCAACGACUCACCCUCAUCAGCCCAGAGGGCCUCCUUCCUGAAGCCGCUGGGCCGCACCAAGAGGGACGCCACUGCCGCCUACUCCCAGCUCUCACCUUCUCGCCACCACAAUUACAGCUCUGGCUACUCCUCCAGCCCAGAGUAUUCGUCUGAGAGCACACUGCGGAUCUGGGAGAGAUUCCGACCUUACAAGAAGAGCCCCAGAGAGGAAGCAUCGUAUAUAGCAGCCGGCCACGCCCUGCGCAAGAAGGUGCAGUUUGCCAAGGACGAGGACCUUCAUGAUAUUUUGGACUACUGGAAGGGAGUUUCUGCUCAGCAGAAGCUGUGAGCAGAGGCUGCUGAGUGAAAUGCUGUCAGGGAGAGUUUGAGGUUGGAUGCCAACAGCACACUAUUGAAGUGGGACUAGGACUAGAUCUUAAUGUAGCAAGAUGGACGAUGAUGGUGACAUUUCCACCGACUGGCUCAUUCCCCUGCUGGAUCCAGAGUUAAGGAGGUAUUCUCUGGGUGAUUUGGAAAAAAAAAUCUAUUACAAUACAGUGAUAUUUUAAGAUGUUGUUUCUGAGGUUUGCUGUGUUCAGCACAAUACGAUAUAUAAGAGUGGUAACUGAAUCACGCUCUUCAGCAGGCUAACUCUUACUGGGCACUUUGGUCCUCGCAGGCCUCCGUAGGCCCCGCUGAAUCCCCACUAACGAGCAGCAAGCAAUGUCUUCUACCUCAUUACUGGUACACUGUAACUCAGCUGUCUCAUCAGAGGCAACCCCCCCCCCACAAACCUUCUCCCCUCGGUUCUAAUCCCAUCAAACCUUCUUUCACAAAACAAUCAUUCCACUGCACCGCAACACCUGCUCUCCUAUAGAAGCACCAUUUAGGGAGAUAAUGAGGGAGGGAGCAGGAUGAGGAAUUAGGUGCGUUUGUUUUAAAGUAACCUGAAUCCCCCUCUUUGGGGGAGGACAUUAAGUGAUACUUAUCAGGCUAAUUGUUCUUCCUGGCAAUUAUCCAGUGAAAGAGUUGGUCGGGGAGGUGUGUGUCGAGCAUGCUUAUCGAUUCGAGACACCUAACUGCAUAUGUUCACCCACGUGAGGGCGUAUAGUUUGUGCAUGCAGGUGUGUGGGGUGGGAGACCGGGGUUGUGGCCGGGUCGCCAAUUGUUCUCAGUCUUGUAAAGUGGAUAGCUUAGUGGAGAUGCGUUGCAUACAGAUAGCAGUCCUGUUGGGGAGUUGUAUGCAUGAGUGUACAGGAAUGUGUUUGGCCCAACCCGCCCAUCUGUCUAUCCAGAUAACGGGAGGAAAAACCCUUCAAGACCUGCAGGCCUUUUUUCCUCCUAGCCCAUUUCCUAUUUUACAGCUGCAGCAAAUUUCUUUUGAUGUGGGAAGCUAUGAGCCAGGAAAUUUACAUUUCAAUAGUGUGUGUCACGCCACAUGGGUUGUGCAGGGUGGCAAGACAGGUGUUAUGUGCUCCUAUAUUAAAGCACCCGGUAAUCACAUUUUUGAAUCCUGGCGUAUUGAGAGCAUGUUAGAGGUUUGCUGCAUCUAAUUUUUUCCAGUAGUCAGGAGACAAUAUACGGUCCUUGUGUCUGCUCAAGGCAAGGUUGCAACAAAGUCUGGAUAUGUCAAACGCUCCCUCCACUACACAGGGAGAUGCAGGUGAUGGUAAGCGGAGCGAAGGCCUGAGGGAUAAACUCCACCUCAGACGGCAUGACUCGCUCUGGGCUGGAGCUAUGGACCAAAGUGCCCUUCAGAGGUGUGCUUUCACAAGUUCCUGUUAUAUUUAUUGUAUUGGUCUUUCUCUUUUUAAUGGUUAAUAGAAAACAGCCCCAAUGGCUAAGAAUAUAAUUGGCUGGGUAGUUUUUUGAUUUCUUUUGUAACAUUUGGGUUGGAUUUCAUGGGUGUAGCAAUGAAAUCUGUUGAAAAACAGUGGAGCAAGGCUCGGUACUAUUACAAACCAUACAACAUGCUUAUAUCAAACGUUUUCCUCACUCGCAUUCAUGCAAAGAACGUACUCACACACAAGUGGCACAAAUGAUUAGUACUUUUCAUUCAUAUAAAUAAUAUUUAUGCAUCUAGAAUUAGCUGUACUUCUUUCCUGCCCACCAUUCCUAUUCUAAGCCCUUUACCCCUGACCUCUCCUUCUGUAAUGGGAAACAUCUCAAUCAAAAUAAGGUAUGAAAUGUGUUUUAAAAUGUCUAAUUAAUUCACUCCCCUCCGUGUUUUUUCCCCAGCGCGCCACCUCUGUCUAACUUAAUGGGGUAAAUUAAUGAGUCAUUUGCGGAGGUUGAUGCCAAAGCAUCAACUGAGGUCAGAGAAGCGUGCUGAUUUUAUUAACUCGACAGGGAGCCUGAUUGAAAAUAACAACGGCCGCCUUCUUUGCUGCCUCCCUCGUUUCAUUCUUGAACCAGCUCGGUCCAAACUCUUUCUCGUGAUCCUCGGUAAAACAGAACCUACGGUCAGACUUCAUCAACCUGUCCGAGCAGGUUUUUAGUAGGUGAGGGUGAGCUAGUUUCUGGAUCUGGUGUCCUGGGCGAUAUUCGUCCUCGCUCAGGAAGGACUAGUCUAUUUCUUUUUGAUUUCCCACGGGCAGAACUCGGUUAUCACCGUGGCGACACUGCUUGAAAUCACCUCAGUCUCUUUUUUAUGUGGAAUUUACUCUCCGACCUACAAUGACCUCACUCUACAAAAUGUGUCUCUCUUCAGAAUGUCAGCAGAUCCAUCUUUUGUGAAGUAAAAGGAGACACAAUGGAUUAUUUCGCGAGUAGGAACUGUUUCAGGCAGAAGCUGAUUGACCCUUGAGGACAUAUUUUUUAAUAAUAAUGUUUAGUUGCUGUGAGAACACAAUAGCUUCACCCGGCAGUAUUAGUGUAGUUUAAUGAAAACGAUCCUCGACCUCAAGGGCUUAAAGAUUUAUUUAAAAAAAAUUAUAUUUGCAUCAGCCCAACGUUUAUUCCCGCAGUAGCGCUACAGCCACUGUUCUGCUUUUUGUUGUGAACGAUGACUUCCCCUCUGACCUCUCUCUGUCAUCGGUGGCAGACCCACCAGCGCUCACAAUGGGAUGUCCAAAGCGCUUCAUUACUCUGCUAUCAGAUAAAUAAGACUUCAUUUUGGUGGGUGAGACCAAAUAAAAAAACAGAGAAAUCUCCCCCUGGCGCUCAGUUGUUAUAAAGAGCCCAGUUUUCAGUUUUGAAAUUCCACGGGCAGCUGCCGGUACAGGUUAGGUCCAAAAAAUCCUCCAUCAGUCAGUCUGGAAGUAGUGCCGUGCGAUAUUUAAAUAAUGGCGUGGCUUCAUUUGAGAAUGGGGUGAAUAGAGUUGGGAUUACUUUUUUUCAAGGGUGCGUCCAACUGCCACAUAUCUCUCAUAUAUCUGCUAGAGAGCUUUAUUCAGUAUUCUCUUUUAAACCCCAAAACUUGCACAGAUCACCCCUCCGAGCCUUGCUCCUCUUCCUCGGCUCACAUAUUCUUUCCUUAGUAUGUAUUCAUCCACACAAUGUUUAUUUUUAUUUUUUACUGGGCAACCAACAAGGGGAACCUGACUCCAGUCCUCAAAUUGAGACUGAAGGAUGUACAGUGCCUGAACCGUAGGGACUGCACGUGUGUCUUCCCUCCAAUUAACAGCAAUGGUGAAUCAAUGUGAGGCGAUAGCUGACAGUCCCAGGCUUCCAGAGGGAAACAUAAUCUGGACAAUUUGAGGCGGUACAACCUGUGGAAGCCUCCGAGGAUUGGAGUCAAACCUUGUCAGUCCACAGCUGUGACUCCCAGAGGACCUCUGCAACUGCAAAUCCAGCUACAAAAUCACUCCAUUCAACUCAUGGGUUACGCCAGGAUAGCGCUUUUUGUAAUGAACUGCAGCUUUGGGCGGAACAGCUCCGGCGAGUAGGCAACAAGCUUUUUAUUAGUGUGGAUAAUUUCUAUGCGCCUCGAGCUACAUCAUGAAGGUUUCACACUCUUCUAAACAAUAUUGCUGUCGGCCUCUGGGACUCGUUGCUGCAAGUUUGGCUUCUCAUUUCAGUGGAGGCUCAUUAAGAAACACAAAUCAACGGCCAUGAUGCUUUAGGACCGUUGGCAGUGAAACUGUAUGAAUGCAAUGGUUCCCUGGGAAAGGCACGGUGGUCUUAAACUGGUGAAUACAUACGGGAAAAGUUUUUAGUGGACACAUGGACUUUGGUUCAGUAAUUUAAGCAUGAAAACAUCGUCCAGAUGUCCAAAACCCAUCCCCUUCCUCCCUCACCAUUAACAAGGUUACGGUCCUGCUGUUAACUCAGCUCCUACAUCAGUAAAUAUCUGUACAGAAAAUGGGAGUCUUGGGACAGAAGUUAAACCCAGCAAAAUGUCCAUAGAUAUUUAACACAACUUUGUCCCCAUUUAAAAAUCUCCCUCUGUUCAGCCUAACAGAAUAAGCUACUAUAUUUAUGUUGUGAACAUGUAAAAUAUACUACCUUUUUACAUCAAAUGCAGUUUGGUGCAAUGCUACAAUGUGACAGGGUGGGACAGUCCUGUUUUCCACUACAGAGACAACCAGCCGGGGCUACAUUUAUGUUUCAGCUACUUCAUUCAAAAUGUUCUCCCGCAGCCCGCUGCUCCUGGACAAUAGUUCUGUAGUUUAAUUUACAUACCGCAUUUCUUCCAAUGCCUUAUGAAGACAAUAAUAUGCCAAUUAUUGCCCUUUUUAAUUCAAUUGUGGUACAGGACAAGUUGGUGUCUUCAGUUUUGAGUCACAUGGGGGUUAAACACGACUGGACUGCUGCUGUACCUUUGGGGGAGGACGUGUCUCCGUCUGUGGUGGAUCUCGGUAGGCAGAGCCAAAGGUCUCGAUCAUGAGAGGAGGGACCUCCGGUUUGAAAGGCUACCUUCAGAGCACUGCAAGAAGCUCACUGGACCAAUGAACCAGGCGCUAAACCGCAGAAAGGUGGCUAACUAUAACGGCAAAGUUUAUUCCCACACAAAGUGUCCAGAAUCACUGUAAAAGUUUACCUGCAGCCAACCUCAAAUGUGCACAUUUCACACUCCAUCAUCUGAAGAUAUUUGAACUUGCGCCGUAGAGAUUUACCCGUCCAUGCCUCGGCAGAGGUGUGCUCCCAUUGGCUGAAUUUGACACUUGAUCGUAGUUACAGGGCGGUCGGAGUGUCGAUGACUCUUUGGCUCUGCCUAGAAGAAAGGACCUUUUUUCCUUUCCGAUAUGCCCCUCGUUGACAUUUUUGUAUGUAACUCUGACGCUGGAGAGGAAAUGGAAGCGCCAGCCCCUCAGUGUGAGAUGGUCCUAGUGUCACUCGCUCUGAACAGGAAGCAGGACUCCGCUUCAGCCGUGAACAAUGGCGUCUGUCUGCAGUCGAGUCGUUUACGUGUCCAUUGACCCGACACGUCGGUCAUGUGACUCACCGUCCUCCGGAUGGCGAGGACUGGGGACGGAGGGGGUCCCCGUGUGGACCCAGCAAACAACAGAAGUGGAGGAGUUUCUACCGGAGGCCAACUGUGACAAACGCACACUCUAACACAAUCGCACACACACGCUAAUGUAGAGAAUCAAUGAAUAUACUGUACGUGUUUGAAUAGCUUAGAGUUACACUAUAUGGACAUGAAAUGUGAGAACACGCACACCAUAUACUUCUCCAUGCAGAACUGAGUAUACAUCACACACACACACACACACACACACAUAUACCUUCCCACACACACACACACACAAACACAAACACCUGCACACGACACACCGCAUUCACACCUGUCCACACAAAAUAUGGACUUCUUUAUAUCCGCGUUUACAGACACACGUGGUCUUAAAAAGUGCCAAAACGGCGGGUUUAUGUGCAGACGAGAGGAACCAAACAUCUGUAGAAAUGAGUGUCUCAAAGCCUCCGUGUUCUUCGUGCUUAUUUUGCUAUUUCUCUGUACAACCAAUGCUUUCUUUUUGCUCAAGUGUGUUUAUUUUCAGCGCUGCACUUCCCAUUUUUGUUAAAACGAUGUGUGUGUUGGUGUGAGAUUGUGAAUGUCACAUCUGGCGUUGUCAUGGGUUCUUCUGAUCUGUCCGACAAAAAAACUCCACAGGACGCACAUAUGCUGGAUACUAUUUGAGAACAACAAAAGAAGCCUUAAUUUAAGCCUUAAAUUAACUUCAUCCAAGUCAAUUAUCUGUAAAUAUUUAGGAAUACAAUCAAUUAUGAAUCAAGUUUACAUGUUUUCUCUUAAAAAGUCUUGAAUUACAUUAGCGUUUGAAAUGAGUCAGUGGAAGUCCACAUAGGGAGGAGGACAGGUCCCCAAACCAUCAAGAAUACAAGGAUGCUUCUUCUGAGGUUUGUUUCUGGAUUCGGCCAUUCAGCCCAAAGUGGUUCUGUAGUGCGUUUUGUUUUGAUUCAACGAACGUUAUUAACCUGUAACUGUAUUUGGGGAGAAGAGAGGUUUCCCCUUGAAGUGUAAUUGAGCAGUGAUGGAAGGUAAUUUUGUGGAAGACAGGCUUGUCCAUCCACAGACACACAACACACACACACCCACGCACACAGACACGCACACGGCGUGUUGAAGGGAUAACACAACCGUCACCACUGGCCUUUUCAAGGGCCUCGUUUGUCAGGAGAGAAAACAGCAGGGAGAGCUCCAGCACGUCCUUUUUGGGAAGAUUGAACGGCUGUGCUGUGAGGAUUCGCUUUAUCCCGAGCAUCGCACGUGUGUGUGUGAGUGUGUGAGUGCUCGUCGGUGCAUGUGUGACAGUGUGUAUGCGUGUUUGUGCUUUCAAAUAACCUGUCGAGUCUGACGGUGCAGCUCCACACGAGUGCCUCCUCAGCAGAGAAGCAUUCAUGAUGCUGUGUGUGUGCGUGUGUGUGUGCGUGUGUGCGUGUAUGUGUGUGUGCGUGUGUGUGUGAGCGUGAGGGAUUUUGUUAGAAUGUCUCCUCUCUCGACGGAGUGACGGCUGUGUUGUGAGGAUCUCAUUUCAAUUAAUCUGCCUCGCAGUCUGCCGGGUUCUCCAAUAAAUCCAAGCUCAUUCCCAUGCAUGCUGUCAGUCACACACACACACACACACACUGUGUCUCGCUCGCUGACACGUGGAUUGUAAUUGCAUGCUGUCCACUUUGUACACACAUCAUUGGCACAAUUGCACUCUGAAUGCAAACAAUCACAACAAAUAAACAUAUGUCAUGCCUCACGCAAGCACUGUUCGUAAUUAAGCACAAACACACGUACAAACACACGCACACUUUUUGCUAACACAGCCACUCGUCCCUUAAAGUGAGCAAUCGUCCCGUAUUUGAGAAUGAAAUAGUAUUUUCCGCGUUGUCUUCAAUGCAGCGUCCCAUGCAAACAAACCCAUCCGAAUUAGGUGAAGACUGGUCCUGUUCUGCCUCUGAUUGGGUGAUACUCACCGCCAUCGUUGGU